UCAUCAGAAACUUAAAUUUCAAGACUAAAUCAAAUCCGAGACAAAAAAAAAGAAAAGAAGAAGAAGGUAAAAUAAAAAAAACAUGGUAAGAAGAAGCGCAGUCCAUGCCAUUUCAAGUCAUCCGUCGAGGGUGUGGUGGCCGCAGCAACGGAGGAAAGGAAAACGAGCCGUGGUGCGGUUGGGAAACCGACGAAGAGGGUUCUUGGUCGGGCCACCGCGGAUGGUGGUUCAGAGAUGGAGGAUGAACGUCGGAAAGCCGAUGAAGAUGAUGAGAAAUAUCAUUUUGGGGAUAAUCUCAAAUGGUGGAAAUGCUAAGAUCUUAAAUGCUUAUCUCUGGUCUUUACCAAUUUUACGUCCUCAAUUGUUUCCACUAUGCUGAUUUUGUAACUUGUGAAGAUGUAAUAUUUGUCUUGUUCUUUUGUUGUGUGAAUCUUAAAUA